AUGAUCAAGCACCGCCUAAGAGGACUAAGCACCAUUCUGGGUAAUCAAGUUGAACCUGAAAAAAUCGAAGAACUCAAAAGGAACAAAACAGACAUAGAAAACAAUCUCUCAAAAAUCUUAAAGAUUAUUAAGAAUGAAGAUCAAGGCAGCAACAGAGAUAGAAGCCCAAAACGUUUGGGACAAGAAACGGAACUUGUGGGACUCAUCGAGGACUUCUUCACACAGUACCAGUCACUAUAUGCUCUUUACGACCGUCUCACGGCGGAGAACGGCAAAAUAGUUUCUCGCAGAAUAGACAGUGGGGUUUCUGCUUCUUUGUCUUGCUCUAGCUCUGACUCCGAUUAUUUCUCCUCAGACGAAGUUGAAACCCGGAGAAACUCGCCUGAACGUGAACAUCACAUUACCAUAUCAGACCCGAGAUGUGAAGCAGAGGAUAAUGAGUCUGAAAGUGAUCUCCACGCUCGAGCAAUAUCAGCUCGGGGAAAGGAGCUUGAAGAGCAGUUUCAUUCUCAAAAGAAAGAUAUAGAAAGCUUGACCUGUCACAAGUCGGAGCUGCAACUUCAAAUUGCCAAAAAUGCAGAGCUACAAACGUUGGAGAACACGAAAGAAGACCAAGUUUCUGGUCUGCAGAGGAAACUCGAUGAUUAUGGUCAGAGCCAGGAUAAUAUUACAGAACUGAUAGAACAGAUCAACACGCUUACCACGGAGGCGAAAACUCUGCGCGACCAGAAAGAUGAAGUGCAAGCAAAACUAACACCCAGUAGAGACGAAGCACUGAGCGAAAUGGAGGGCCUAAGAGACCAGCUCAAUGUCAUGCGUCAAAAUUUGGAAUCUUUAUGCGACAAGAACAAAGAGCUAGCAACUCAGAUGGAAUAUCUGAAUCAACAAUUAGUUGAAAAGGGUUUGCUUGAACGCAGAAUGCAAGAAGAGAAUGAAGGUUUGGCAGGAAGGGUUAAGGACCUGGAAAUGGAACUUGAAUCCCGAUGCAAAGAGAAAGAGAAAUUGGAAGAGGAGUUAAGACAGAAAAAUUAUGAGAUUAAACAGAUGGGAGAUGAAAACAAAUCAUUGGAGGAUCGGAAUCUUGAGCUGAAAAGAGCAGUGACACAUGCAGGAGAAGAGCUUAAAGCUCAAGCGAAGGAACGCGAAAGCGGUGGUAUAAAUGGAGCUUCACCGCAUGCUAUAGCUUUAUCAUCUCAAUUCAACGAUCUGAAACUAGAGUUAAACUAUUACAAGGAAGAGAAGAUCAGGUUGGAGUUACAAAACGAAAGAAUCCAAAAGGAAUAUUCAGAAAGCCUCGCAACGGUAUUUGAUCAGGGAAGAACUAUAAAAGAUCAGGCGGAAACCAUCGAGCGAAUCAGCGCGGAGAUCGAAGAAUCGAGAAUGUGGGCCAGAAAGUUUAAGCUGAAUAAACAAUUCUCAGAAAAGAGGAUCGAAGAAUUAGCCGAAGAGAUACGACGACAACUAGAAGACAGUAUCAGGCUAUUAUACAGAAGAAUCCGCGUAGCAGAACAGCUACAUAACGAGAACAAAGAUGGUUACAAAGUUGUGAAGGAGAGGUAUGAACAAGAAAACAAAAUGCUAAAACAGAAAGUUGCCAUAUAUGAAGAAAAGGUGGCAGGAUUUGGUGACACAAAACUGAAACCAAUAGAAGUUCUGAACGUGCUAGAGUUGGCUACUUCGAAGCUAGAAGAUGCCCAGGUUAGUUUUCUGGGCCGCGUGGCUCAAAUGAUGGAAGAGGUUCAGAACGCGAGAGAUUGGAUAAAGCAGAGAAAGAAAGACAUGAAACAACUGAAGACAAACGUGGAAGACCUUUCUGCUUUACUGAAUGAUAAAGAAGAGCAGGAAUUGUUAUUGAGAGAGAAGGUGGAGAAGCUAGAGGGCAGGUUGAGCGAGGAAGGAGAAGAGAAUCUGAAUCUAAUGAAAUCGGUGACAGAGUUUGAAAAGAAAGUGGGAAUGUUGGAAAAGAGCUUGAAAGAGAAGGAUGAAGAGCUGGUGAAUCUGGGAGACACGAAGAGGGAAGCAAUAAGGCAGCUCUGUUUUCUCAAUGAUUAUCAUCGUAACCGUUGCGACGUUCUCAAGGGUUUGAUCGCUAAGAAGAACACAAGCACCAGAACUUGA